CUAGUUUCACCAUAUUUUGAUCACGUGGUUGACCCCACAAUGCAGUUCGUAUUUCAACUUUCUGUGCAUCUUCCGCCUCGGCGUUUUACCAUACCGUAUGGAUAACUCCCGAGGUACGAUGUAAACAAGUAAAACGGGAUUUUGUGGUUGAUGUGAAUGCGAGGUAUUUAAUCACUCAUGGCAGUGACUGAUGUAGUUCGCAUCUGUUGUGCGAUACAUGGGUUGAAUUUACAUACUGCCGAGAUUAACUGACAUUGUGACGAUUUAUCUCGACCAUUGAAGGAAAAUCGGGAAGUAGGAAGCACACGGCGGCGUCAACUAAACACUCGAACGGGAGUGGGUCGAGGGCACGCACCGGGCCAGUCUGGUUACAAUAAUGUGGAGCAGUAUUUUGGCGGUGUCUGCAAUCUUUGCAGCCAUAUUUCUUGAAAGCUCAGCAGAGCUUAAGGGACAUUUGAAACCCCUCGGGAGCCAUCAGGAUCCAGUUGGAGGAAUUCCGGUCACAGGAAAGUUUCCCUCCCCUUGGGUCUUCUACCAGGAAUUUGUGUUGCCCGGGAAACCUCUGGUGAUGAAGAAAGUUUUGGAGAAGGAUAACAUUCCAGCCUAUCACCUUUGGACCGAUGACUACCUUAGGAAAAGCUUUGGACAAACUGAUGUGGAAGUUGAGAUGGGUAAAAAAGAGAGGAGGAGUGAUGGGGGAUUAAAGAAUAUGACAUUCUCAAAAUUCCUUCAUCUGUAUCAAACUGAGGACAUCUACCAAGUCUUUGAUAUUACUCAGGACAUGAAAAAAGAUCUAAACCUGCCACUGAGUCUUCAAUGUGGUGGCUUCCAGAACCUGCAGGAAACAGUGGUUUUAUGGUUCAGUAGUGGUGGCACCAAGUCUCACCUCCAUCGCGACAUGCUGGACAACAUAAACUGUCUGCUUGAUGGAAAGAAAGAAAUUAUCUUUAUUGAUAAGAAAUAUGAGAAGCUUGUAAUGGUGGAUGGAUGGGUACGAGAGGGUGGAUAUAGCAUGGUGGAUGUGGAGUCGGUGGAUAUGACGAAGUUUCCUCAGCUACAGAAUGUCCCGUAUAACAGGAUAACCAUCAGCAAAGGAGACUGUAUCUUCAUCCCAUUCAAAUGGUUUCACUAUGUUGAUUCUAAACCAGGCAGGAAUAUGGCCGUCAAUUUCUGGUUCUACCACCUGCCCUGGUUUAACAGUUCCGACUGCGAUGGAGUGGAUCCGUAUCAGAACUCUAGUGUGCCCCUGUCUUCUGUGAAGACACCAGAUCCAGACUCGGAUACAAGGAUGCUGUUUUUACAACUAUUUGGGGAUAUUAAGAGUUUCUACAAAAGAUCAUUUGGUGAUUACAUUCAGCGUGAAAUUCCAUCAAUAACAUCCAAAGAUGUUGAGAGUCUAAACGAAGUAUUUUCCAUAUUUGAUGUGAAUGGUAAUAAUGUACUGACAUGGGAUGAACUAAUGACAAUCGACAUUGCGUCCGCCAUGGAUAAAUUUCCUGAACUCUUUGAGAAGAUCCUCCUUAAUGUCACAGAUGGGCGUGACCCAAAUGAUGAACUCAGGGAAGACCCAGAGCCAAUCAUAUUACAGGAGGAAGAGAGUCAACAUGAAGAAGUUCAAAGGGCAAAUGAAGACCAAUCAUCAAAGAUCAAAACGCCUGACGACCUUGAGAAGGAGAAAUUGAUAGAGAUAGCUGAUGAUGGGAACUUAGUUAUGGAGGAGGAACCAGUUAGAAACCAUCACGAGGAACUUUGAUAGAAAGAAGCUCAAACAGGCUAACUUACACAGUGCCUUCAAUUUACUUUACAUUCCAUAUAUUUACAUGUAUUAUGUUCCCUUUACAUUCCAUAUACAUGUAUAUGCACAUUCCAUAUAUAUGCACAUUCAAUUUCAAUGUUCAUUCCAUGUCAUUUGUAUGCCGACCUUAAAGUAAAGACAUCUUUUUCAAUGUUCAUUACACCUCAUCAGGUUUAGUCACUAGUUUCAAAAUACUCAUGGAUGUUAUGUGAGAGAAAAUGUACUAGUUGCUUCUCUUAUUACAUGAAAUACUGCAUACCGGUAGUAAAUUUUGUAGAUGAUUACAUUAUUUCAGGCUUUCUUCCUUAUUGAUAUUCCAUGUGCCUAAACAACACGGAGCUACUUUUUGCAGUGCAAGGUUGUUUUGUUUCUUUUGGUGGUUUUUCCUUUUUUGUUUUGUUUGGGUU